AAUAAUGAAUUCUAAUCUUCAACUCCCCCAGCUUCAGAGCAACCUAAGCCCAAGCAUGUUCAGCAACACGGCAGCUGCCCUCACAUCUAGUACCACAACUCGCAUUGUUCCCCUGCCAACCGCAAAAGCAGCACUGCACUUCCCGACACCGGCGCGAACAGCUUUCCUGAUUGAAAGCAGGCCGAGCGUCUCGAGCCGAACGGAUGAGUGCAAUGUGCGCAGUGGCGCGUGGCUGGUUCGGUGUCGUCAUUCGGCAGUCGUGGCUGGGUGGUGCAAUGCAGCCUAUCAGUGCUGGAGCUGCAGCAUGUGGCGCUACGGCGCGGUUGGCCACGGUGGAGUUCAAUGACAGUGUUGCGCAGCAGCUGGAGUCACAAUUGUGGAGUGCUGUUGAAGGUCAAGGUAGGUGCUUGCUGAGAGGGUUGAGGAUGGGUAUUAUGAUUGUUGCAGGUGUGUUGUUGCUGUGUCUGGGAGAUGCUUGGUUUGCAAAACGCAGCCCGCAAGCAUGUCGAGAAAUCCACCUUAGAACCAACUGCUGCAGGCUCGGGGUAACGUGGAAGGUGCGAGCAUGACGUUUGGGCGGUUCUUUCCACGGUUGUUGAUGGUAAAACCAAGGAGCGGCAAUGUUUGUUCUUUUCGCUUGCGUUUGAUGCUGGAAACCGCAAACGAAAAGAGCACGACCGACA